GCCCGGCCAAGGUACCCACUUGCACACCGGAACCCCCUAAAACUAGGCCUUUCUUUUCACAAUGACCAUAUAUUUUGCCAGGAAUCACUCUUUGGUUUGGUGUUAGGAUUGAUAUCGAAUUGUUGGUAGUCUAUUCCGAACUAGUUCCGUCUGUUUUUGAUUUUGAGACUUCUCCCUAAUACCCACCACGAAAUCUCCGUCAACAUGAAUUCAACUACCGAGGGCAUUGUCCCGCCACCAGGCAAAUGGCCAGUUGAUCCCCAGGACGAUUUACCCAUAUCAGAAGACCGUAUCUGGGUAGAUGGGUGUUUUGAUUUCAGCCAUCACGGACAUGCCGGUGCUAUGCUACAGGCCCGUAGAAUAGGCAGAGAACUCUACGUUGGUGUACACUCGGACGAAGCCAUUCUGGAGAACAAGGGUCCAACAGUAAUGAGAUUGGACGAGAGAGUAGCCGCAGUAGAAGCAUGCCGAUGGGUAACUCGUUGCGUUCCCUCAGCCCCUUAUGUGACUUUCCUGCCCUGGGUGUCGCAUUAUGGGUGCAAGUAUGUCGUGCAUGGAGACGACAUAACUUCUGAUAGCAAUGGUGAUGAUUGUUACCGUUACGUCAAGGCUGCAGGCCGCUUUCGAGUGGUUAAGAGGACACCGGGUAUAUCCACAACUGACCUUGUAGGACGUAUGCUUCUCUGCACCAAGGGGCAUUUCGUUAGAAGUGUCAAGGAGACAAUUACUGGGAAGGAAGGCUCUGGUAGCGAGGAGGAACGGGCACAAUUUGCCGAAAGUCUGCUGCAGAGAAUUUGUGACUAUGCAACCGACGAGAGUGGUCUAAGGCCGGGAUCCUGUGUCUGGAUCUGGAAUGGCUCUACCUCAGCAAAGCUCGGGAAUACGAUCGAGGAGGCGGGAUCAUUUGAGCAUAUUGUCAAGGGAAAGUUGCCCAAACCAGGACAACGUGUUGUGUAUGUUGAUGGUGGCUUUGACCUGUUUUCUUCAGGUCAUAUUGAAUUUUUGCGACAGGUCAAUGAAGGAGAAAGGCUCGAAGGCCACCGCCGGCAUUGGUAUGAUUCCGAAUCCAGGGAAAAGAGAAUAAAGGAACAUGGCGAAGAUUAUGAGCCGGCGUUUAUUGUUGCCGGUGUCCAUGAUGAUGACGUCAUAAACCACUGGAAAGGGCUAAACUAUCCCAUCAUGAACAUCUUCGAGCGCGGACUAUGUGUCCUUCAGUGCCGCUAUGUCAAUGCCGUCGUAUUUUCGGCUCCCUUCUCUCCAAGCCAGUCAUACUUGGAAGCCAUUCCUUUGGGGGUACCAGAUGCAGUGUACCAUGGUCCCACUACAUUCAUACCUCUCACUUAUGAUCCCUAUGUUGCUCCGAAGAAGAUGGGUAUCUUCAAGGAAACUCCCAGUCAUAUCUACCAGCACGUUAAUGCUGGUGAAAUUGUCGACAGAAUUCUGAAGAGUCGAGAGGCGUAUGAGGCCAGGCAACGUGCCAAAGCCGAGAAAGGGGUCAUCGAAGAUUUGGCGAAAUCGCGGGAAGCAAGCAUGGCAUGAACUGGGAUAGAGGACUCAUCCUGGAUAAUGAGUCAGUGUUGCUAGUCAGAGAAUAGGCAUUGGAAAUCAGAAGAAAAUGAGAUAUUGUGCCAGUCGAGCUGCAGUCGAGCACUGCU